GGCGACAGUCGUAAUCAACGGGCAAUCUAUGGCGGACGACAAUUUACAAGGCACAACCUUGGAGGAGGUCAGCUCUCGGUCGGAAACCUUCGUCAACCAGUAGCACGACAUGGAAAAACAAUUAUUACAGUAUGCUGAGACUUGCGAAUCGAAGCCAAAUCCUCAACGCCCUGUUUUGCCGGUAUCGAGUUAUUUGUCGAUAGCGCCGUCCCUUCCGGAACAGUGGCCUCGCUUCACAGACGUUAUUUGUCUCUGGUGUGAUCAGCAGUUGCGGCGUUUGCGGUCGCCGAACCCUAUCGCUGCACAUCGUGCUUGCGGGACGCUGCAAGCGUUGGAAGGCCGUACAGAAGACGGCGGCUUUCGUUUUGGCUCAUUAGAUGCAUUGCGCCGAUGGUCGGAGUGUGACCCUGACCCUUCAGGCCCAAGCUUGCGAGAGGUUGCAAUGAUGCAGUGCAAGGUGGAAUGGCAAGCGAUCAAGAUCAUCUUCGCACACAACUCUCCGGGCAGGCAGACAUGUUGCCGCGAGCGUGAUUUGCCAUCGGUCAAAUUCCAGUCUGCACAACCUGCAGGUGGACCAUGGCGAGGAGAUUAGGGGGAGGAGAAGCGAAGGCGAGCAUGGCGGGUGCAAAAGGACCCAGCCUGAGUUCCAAGGGACCCAUGAUUCGUCCGCCCACGGACUAAGACGCCUGGAACGGUGAUCUAGGACAUCACGACAUGCACAAAGAGAGCAUGUACU